AUGGCUCUCGCUAGGAUCGUGAAUCUCCACAAUAAAUGGGUCCGGUAUAGUCCCAAAGGCGCUAUGAGCGACCAGUGUCAAGACCUCAACGCGCUACACUCUCUCGUCGUCGACGGCGGCUCAGUAAAGAUUCCAGAUCGCCUCCUGAAGCCGCCAGAGGAUCCCGAUGUGCCUUUCAUUCUUGACCUGCUCCGCGACGCCGCGAAGGAGUUCCACGAUAAUUUCAUGAAAGAACUCCCCGCUACCACAGACAGCCAUUCAUCUGAUCGAGUUGAAGCGGAGGCCCUCCUCGUAAACCUCCUUACGUCGGAGAAGAUGGCCGUCUCGGAGUAUGAGCUCGCGAUGAUGGCUGGGAGGUUCGCCGAGAAGCACGGGCUUGACCUUCGGCGCCAGGUCGGCCACAUCGACUUCAGCGCGUUCUCCGCGGCCGAGAAGCAUGCCUUUAGCUUCAAGUUGGGCCUCACCCCUCAUUCCGAUCCAUACAUUUGGAACAGCUUGAUGCGCUCUAGCAUCCUUGUUCGGCAGGACCUCGAAGAUCGUAACCUAGGGGGACCGCUUCGUUUGCAAAGACUCUACAGUUCGGAGAUACAAGGAAGAGCUGCAUUUUUCGAGUAUCUCCACGAGGCUCUCGAUAACUUCCAACGCAGACUACUGGUGAUCAAAACAGAUGACAGGUUCUCUGUUGGCGUCUUUCUGAGAGGACCUAUUGCCUGGGACGAUGACGUGGAUGUAUCUCAGAACGUGGUCGUGUGUUCUUUCAUGCCUAAGGCAUCCGGAGUUAUGUCGACUUAUUGGCUGGGAACGAAGGGCUACAAGCUGUAUUGUGGGGAAGACACCCUACAGCUUUUCGACCAACAACGCGGCAACAGCUUUAUCUUCAUGACACGCCCUCCAGCGGUAUCCGGGCACGAUAUCGUCACGAGCAUAGCGUUGCAGAAAAUCUCACAGCGCGUGCAGCAGUUGUUUGAUCUGCGGUUCGAGUAUGUGCAGACUGAAGAAGUGAUGCGUCGCUUUGACUACACGAAGCGCACCUUCAGUUACAACAAUAUCGCAGACCAAGAUUGGGGAACCGACGUCACAGCACAAACCAUUUUUGAUCCCAGCAUCCCCCUCCAAAAAGCGGAAGAGAUGCUACGUCUUAUUGACAAUGUCCAGCUACAUGCAUACUUCGACACCGCUCUCCGCUAUCGCGUUGAAAGCCAUGUCUUUGCUAUCUUCGCAAUCCUCCUCGACCACGACGGACUUCCCAUUGAAGAUACUAUUGGUUUCAUGGACGCUUACCCUUCCCUCGUCUACGUCGUCCUCAAGAAGCACAUACCGGAAGCAGGCACGCAUCUCCCAUCCGACCUCGCACCUAUUGUUCCCGCCAUUGUCCGCAGCAUCAUCCGCUCUGCCAACGAGAUGAGCAUUGCCGCACUUGCUGCUCUCGAGCGUCUAUCCCAUGAGAUCGACGCCCUCAACCUCUCCACCUACUUCGCGCUCCUCUGGUCUGCUGGCCUCUGCAUCCGUUCACCUACCCUCGUCCAAGAAGUCGUACUGGUCCUCCACGAAGCACGUUCAUCCUCCCGCGCCCGCGACCCCGUUCUCACGUUCGCGCACACGCACGCCCUCGCUAUCGUCUUCGAUAGCGUCGAGGAGGCCGCGGAUGCCUGUCCGUGCGAUGACGCCACCGGUCGUCCCCGCCGCCAACGCACCAGACCCGUCCGCGCCACGCUGGUCUCCCCGCAAGCGCCUCCAGCGCAAGAAGACAGCGGGGGCGCCGAGGCCGCCGCCGUCGCCGUCGCGACGGACAAGACCGUCGUCGUCGCGCACACGCGCAUCGACCAGCCGUCCGCGAUCCGCAUCCACAGCCACGUGCGCCUGCAGCUCGCGUCUAUCGCGGAGCACACCGCGGAGCCGCGCCCUCGCGCCGCGGUCGUCGAUGCAGUCGUUACACGCGCGACGCGCGGGGAGAUGUACCUGGAGGUCGCGCAGCCGCUGCCGCCGGAGUGGCGCGAGGUCGAUUGGGACAUGUACGACGCAGGUGGAACGGCGACGUCUGCUGCGAUGCUUGCCGCGGUGCUUAAACUCGCGGAGAAGGGGUACGAGUGCUGCAGGAUCAACCAUAUGCUCAUUGGACUUGACCCGGUGGCGAGUGGGGCGGCGGCCGGUGAUGAGGACACAGGGUCACAGCCCGAGGAGGGUAAUGACGAUGAUGACGAGGAUUCCAUCCGGCUAGAGGCUGGGCUGAACGCCAGUCAAGAGCACGCCGUCAGGUUAGCUGUGCGCAGUGGUUUGUGCUUGAUCUGGGGUCCCCCUGCUCACCCUGUGACAGGAACCGGAAAGACAACGGUUGUAGUACAGAUCCUGGCCCAGAUCUUGCAACGUUUCCCGGAUGCGAAGGUAUUGAUGACAGCUUCAACCCACAAUGCUGUCGACAACGUAUUGGAGCGCUUCGUCCUGUUCAAUAGCGCGCACCGCAUCCUCGACGAAGAUCGCAUCAUACGUGCGGCUACCGAUCUUUCGAAAGUACAAAAGGCUCUACAACGUUUCACCGUGGAUUCCAAGCUUGGUGGAAGUGUCACCGAUAACCCGCGACUCGUGCAAAAGGCAGUCAAGCGCAUGAAAGAGGCCAGGAUGGUUUUUACUACAUGCUCAGGCGCCGGCCUUGGCGUGCUGCGAAACAUCGACUUCGACACGGUCCUGAUAGAUGAGGCCUCGCAGAUCACGGAACCGGAUGCCAUCGUGCAGUGUUGGUGGGCGAUCAAUAUGAAUAGUGUACAACUGCGUCCUACGGUGAGACCGAUGGGAAAGGCCCUAGAAUUUGACAAGUCUCUUUUUGAGCGACUCUACACAAACAAUUCAGAGUACCCUGGGUUCGUGCGUACCAUGCUCGAGGUCCAAUACCGCUUCUCUGAAGCAGUCGCGCACUUCCCUUCACAAGAGUUCUACCAAGGCCGCCUGCAGACCGGGACAUCACGGGACUCAGAGAUCGAGGAGACCGUUGGCGUGACUUCCUUCCCAUGGCCGCGCACCCCGAACGGCCGCAUCGUGCCUGUCGUCUUCGUACCGUGUUCAUCCGAAGAAGACUUCGGACGCGCGUCGAAGAGCAACGCGGGUCAGGCUGCGCUCGUCAAGUACAUCGUCAAACUCCUCCGCACACCUUCUCCUCAAGCGACUGGCGAAGAGGCAGAUGUACCCGAAAAACUCAACGCCUUAAAGGCCCGGGUGCGCGCGACCUCUGUCGCAGUCCUCACCCCUUAUUCGCGUCAAGUACAACUCUUGAAGCACACACUACCUCCAGCACAUGAGGCGACGGUCCAUACCAUCGACGGCUUCCAGGGGCGCGAGGGAGACGUGGUUGUAUUUUCGACGGUGCGGUGCAAUGUCGAAGGCGAGAUCGGGUUCGUCGAAGACGCACGGCGUCUCAACGUCGCCUGGACGCGACCACGUCUCGGUAUCAUCAUUGUCGGGGACAGAAGAACUCUGGAGACUGGUAGUGCCACGAUGGGAGGGCUGUGGAGCAGAGCGUUGAAGUCCUGCGUUGAGGUGACGAUUACGCGGCCGGAGGAUUAG